GUGUUUUCCCCCCUUCUUUCGCCCAUCGUCGCCAUCUGAUCAUACACAUUUGGUGAUCGUCUGGGUAACGCUUUUUGUCUCUUACUCUCUUCCUUUCUACCACAUCCUUCUCAGUACAUCUCAUCACUCUUUCUUCGACUAUGGCGAGCUCUGGUCAGCGCCGCCGCCAGGAUGACCCCUCCGAUGGGUCUGCGACUGCUGGACUCCUUCCCAACGCUGAAUUUGCCCAGCAGACGCAGCAGCGCGUGUAUGGGCAGCAGGGCUCUCACCUCUCGAUGUCGUCUAGCAUCGCAGGUUCUACGUAUUGGCCCGACACAGGAGACUACCGCACGCCGGCGGAGCGACGAGCGACUCACGGCACGGUAGCCGACAAGUUCUCGCUCUCUGCCGAUCCCGCAACGUGGGGCGUGAACGUCAUGCCUGGAGCCGGGUACGAGGAGCCCGACGACUACCUCCACGAACCAGAUCCAAAGAGAGACCGCAAGGCCGACCGCGGAGGCAGCAUCUUCACCUUCAGGGGGCUCACCAAUCUUGGCUUCCUCCUCGUCCUGGUGGCGUGUCUCCUUGGGCUCUUCGCAGGAUACCCUUUGGCGCAUUAUUUUAUAAGUAAAGACUUGUCCAACAACGGUGGCUUCAACUUGGGCGGGAUCAACGCAAGCGGACAGAUCCCAAAGAUGGCAGGCAACUUCGGCCUGAUCGACGCAGACACACCGUCGGACGCGCACACGUACAAAUCCUUUGCGGACGGCAGCGAGUGGCAGCUCGUCUUCAGCGACGAGUUCGAGCAGGACGGGCGCACAUUCUGGCCCGGCGACGAUCCGUACUGGGAGGCGUCGAACCUGUACGCGUGGGCGACCAACGACCUCGAGUGGUACUCCCCGCAGGCAGUCACCACCGAAAACGGCUCCCUCGUGAUCACCACCUCCGAGCAGGAGAUCAAUAACCUGAACUAUAUGAGCGGGGAGGUGAUGACAUGGAACAAAUUCUGUUUUACAGGUGGUCUCAUCAUGGCAUCUAUUAGCUUGCCUGGGUCUAGCAACAUCUCUGGCAUGUGGCCCGCUGUGUGGACCAUGGGCAAUUUGGGACGUGUUGGCUACGGCGCCUCCCUUGAUGGCAUGUGGCCGUACGUCUACGACUCAUGUGACAUCGGGACGGCGCCGAAUCAGACUCACAACGGCGGCCCGCCGGACGCGCUGACGGGCGGUGAUAAGUACAAUGGCGGUGUACUUUCCUAUAUGCCCGGUCAACGGCUGUCACGGUGCACUUGCCAAGGGGAGAGCCAUCCAGGCCCGGUGCACAGCGAUGGGACGUUUGUCGGGCGAUCGGCGCCUGAGAUUGAUAUUUUUGAAGCUCAGGUGAGCGGAGGGGUGGGUUCUGCGGGCCUCUCGCAAUCCGCGCAAUGGGCGCCGUUCAAUCACGGAUACACCUUCAUCGAGAAUGCCACCAGUAUCGCCGACUCUGACGUCACGUCUUACAACACUUACGCUGGGGGCAUUUACCAGCAAGCGACGUCUGCCGUCACUAAAGCUAACCCAGACUGCUUCGACCAAAACACCGGAUGCUUCGCCACUCAUGGAUUUGAGUACAAGCCCGGAUACCAGAAUCAAAGUGGAUAUAUCACCUGGAUAGCCAACGGGGAUGUCUCAUGGUCAAUGGACGCAGCCACUAUGGCGGCCGACCCACUGGUUGAGGUCAAUGACCGGCCCAUUACGGGCGAGCCCAUGUACAUCAUCGCCAACGUCGCCCUCGCCAACCAAUUCGUGCCUCUGGAUACCGCCCACCUGAAGUUCCCGACAAAGAUGCGAAUCGACUGGAUUCGGGUGUACCAGCCCAAGGACGCGAUCAACAUCGGGUGCGACCCCGAAGACUACCCGACUUCGGCGUAUAUCCAACAGUACCCGGAGGCGUACAGUAACCCUAACAUGACGACUUGGACGGAACCUCGCUCGGCCGGAGGCUACGCCCAGUCGAUGCCGAAAAACUCGUUCCUCGGCCAAUGCUAGAAUAUGCCGUUAUUUUCAGGUAGAUACUGAUAGACUUUGCUAACUUAAAUUUCUCGUCAUGUUCGUAAGCAGCACGCAGUACGAGUAGUGUUGGGAUAGAGUUAUAUACCGGUCAUAUAUACCGGUCUCGCAUAACAUUAAUUUCACAAUUGGACGCUGUUGUUUCUCCCGAUCUAAUGGUCCUCUUCGGAGCUGGAGCUUUCACCAGAUUCAGAUUCAGAGCUAUCACUCUCGAAGUUGGUUUCAAAAUUGUCUUCGAGCGCGCCUCCGUACUUCCACUGACGGUCGUACGCUCGCCUACUGGAAAAACCCUUCAGCAGCGUCUCGACUAGCAUCCAUUUCUUGUAUAUCUUCUUCAUCCGCACCUCCGUUGUGGUAAGCCCGCGUCUGCUAGAGUAGGCUCCGGGAUGAUGAUGGAUGGAAGUGAGGCGCGGAAGCAUCCGAGAUAACAGGGCCGCUACGAAGAAGGGGUCGCCCACUAGGGAAGUCCACAGGUCAAGAUGCUUGAUCCGGUUGUUACUUGGGAUGUUCAUUGACGUCAGCGGAGGGGGUUGUUUGUGUGCAUGGAUGGUUGUAGUCAGCUGCUCGAGUGCGGGGCAGUUGGUAAGAAGGACACGUAAACCCUCCAGCGUGAUCAGCCGGUGCUCGGCCCAGAGCAAGCUCGAGUCGAUAUUCGACGAAACCUCGAGCUUCAGCGUUCGCAGGCGGGGCAUCGCAGUCGAGAGGUCCGCGACGUCCGAGUCUGUCCACUCGGUUAUGCGGUCGAAGGAUAAGGUCAACGACGUGAUAUAUGCGAAUACAGUGAGAGGUCGAAAGGCGACAAAUGUCAAUGGCGGUUGUGAGUUAUUGGUGGAGCCCAGCCGCGUGCUUAUAUAGGACGAGCCCAAGUGAAUGCGUAACGCGGACACAUGACCUGGGCUUAAAGUCGUAGCUAUGUCCUUGAUGGCCGUGACUAGAUCAUCUGCGGAGACUCCCGUUGUCCAUUCAAGGGCGAGUGAGCUGACGGAAGGGAAAUGGUAGGUUUGAAUCAGUGUAGCACAGUCCAGAGGUCCACCAAUCAGCGUGAGUUUGCUGAGGCUAUAAAAUGGAGGACGCAUUCCUUCUGCGUGUGGGCGUAAGGAGUGAGACUCGGUCCGAGGAUCUGAUGACAAUGGUGUCCGAGUCGCGAAUGCCUCUAGCUCUUCUAGAUGUGGCAUCCGAGACAUGAUCGACCAGACGCCAGAAGAUAGGCGAGAAUACGAUAGAUCUAGGUACUUUAGAUUGGUAAAGCCUUGUAGGUCCGUUGACAACGCUACGUUGAAAUUCCCCCAAGACCGCGUCGAACGGAGGACCAAAUGUUGUAUAGCAGGUGCUGACUGACGCAAGUACCCUACCAGUACUGGCAAGGUAUCGUGUGGAGCAUUGAUCUCGCAAGCUUGCAGGCUAGGCACAAACAAGAACUUGAAGAGACAGGAAUUGAGUUCCGAGUUGUUUUCCAAGACUAGUGUUUGGAGUGAUGGGAGCAAUGGGCCGUGAGGAGAGCAGCUUAACUCCACAUAGAAGGCUGGGUUGGCGAGGCGGUUUAUUUGAACACAUAACUUGCGGACGCGUUUGGCGCAGGAGUAGAGGGUUCUCCAUUCUGUUGCAUCGAGACGACGCCGUAUUGUAAUUCCUUGCGGAUCACCUUGCCAGUGCCCAUCGCUCUGCCCCAAGACGUAGACGAGUUCCUCUAGGCUGUCUACCUCCUGAUAAAGUUGGUCCAAAGCCGGCUCGCAUAGGACCUUGCAUGUUCUAGCGAGUCUCGCUAAAUCUGCCUUGUGAUCUUGAAGGUAGGCGCAGAUGAUCGAAACCACGUCAGAAAC